GAUAUCAUCCCAGCAUUAACCGUUGCAUUUUAAGCCGGUUGUCAGGCCAUUACGGCUAUGUGGUCCUUUCCGGACGGUUCACUUUAUUGUUCACAUUUGGGGGAUCGCGUACAUACUUAUACACAACCGCGUACACGUUGAGCUAUACAGUAUAGUUUUUGUCUUGCACUCCAGAGCACCGCAUGCCGUGGAUAGCACUCGUAGAAUAUUGGCUGUAUUGGUAAUGUUGAUGUUCUCUUUGUAAAUUGCACAUUUGCCUUUUUUACCACCGGGUAACCUGUGGAUUGCGGCGAUAGAGUGACGGCGUGUGUUGGCUAUUCUUAGCCGACUGUUGUUGUUGUUGCCCAACGUGGUUGUUGUGUGAUAUAUAUACGAUCCGGGAUACGGAAGGAGUCGGUCAAAAGAGGAGUCGUGUGUGUCGUUUAUAUCGAGAGCUACUCCAACCACCAUGUCAAGCAGCCGACCAACACAGAAUUACCUCGAGCAGUUACUGGGACAAGCUGAUGGUACUUUCAAAGCUCUAACGGCCUCUCAGUUUAUUACGGCAUGGAAUAACUAUGACCGAGAUGGAAACGGCUUCAUCGAGGGGAAGGAACUGGAGAAAUUCCUUAAGGACUUCAUCCUAGCGGAACACGGGGCGCAAGGGAAAACCAUAAGUGCCGAAGAACUGCAGGCCUUGAAACAACGCUUUCUCGAGCUGCAUGACGCAAAUCGUGAUGGGAAAAUUGACAUCAAGGAGCUUGCCAAACUGCUGCCCUUGGAUGAGAACUUCUUCCUUAUUUUUCGCUAUAAUGUCCCUUUAGAAUCCGGAGUGGAUUUUAUACGGAUAUGGAAAAGAUUUGAUAAAGACUUCAGCGGGCAAAUUGACGUCACAGAAUUAAAGGAAUUUUUAAGGCAGCUCAUAUUUUUGUCCAAACCUCGAGUGGAGAUUGAUGACGGCACACUGCGCGAAUACGCCGAUACAAUAAUGAAGAUUUACGACACAACUAAAACAGGAAAACUGAAGCUCAGUGAAAUGUCCAAACUUUUGCCGGUCAAUGCCACAUUCCUCAACGCUGCGAUUAAAAAGGGAAGUCGACGAAAGCUUUCAGGAGAAGAUGUAAAGAAAGUGUUGAAAGUCUAUGACAAAGAUGGGAGUGGCACAAUCGAAGGCGAGGAGUUGACGGGCCUGGUAAAAGACCUGUUAGCUUAUUACUGCGUGGAGUACGACAUAAAUGAUUUGGAGGAUACGAAGAAAGCCCUUUUAAGUUCCUGUGAUUCCAACAGUGAUGGAAAAAUAAACCUACGGGAGCUCUCCAUGAUCCUGACAGUGAUGGCGGAUGAAACAGAAGUAAAGAACAUUCUUUGCAGUAGGAAGGCAUCUAAAAGAUCCUUAUAGUCCUUUAUAGUCUUCUUGUAUUGUGCGUUGUUAUUCUGUCCAGCAUGAUAUUUCAUGUCGAUUACAACUGACUUGUUGAAUAUAUAGCUAAAAUUGUCAAUUUUCUUUGUAUUGUCUCUGUGCAUAUUGACAUUUUCAGCUGACUAUAUGUUUAUGCAAAUGUUGGUAUCUGAAGUAAUUUUAUUAAUUAAAUAAUGUUGUUUUAUUUUAUGUAUCUGUACAUUUAUGUGGGCCGAUGCUGCGCUCUUUAUUUUUUAAACGCGACAAAUGAUGCUAAACAAAAACGCUAAAGAAAACAGUU